GGGGGGCUUUUUAGUAUGAGACAGCCAUGUGACCCCAUGUGGCAGCACUGAGGAUACUAGCCUGUGUGUGACAGCUGACCUCUGAGGGCUCAGGAAGAGACACAGGGACAGGACUAGUUAUUAUGAUCGUAUCCCUCUUGGGAGUUCCCCCCUCCCGGAAGCAGGCUCUUGUUGCUUCUCUCCCGUUCUAAAGUUAUGGGCUAUACCGUAAGCCACAGAUGCUUGAGGAGACCGGCUUCCCUCUGCCCCCUCUUCAUAUCGUUUAUUCUUGUCCUCUCCUCCCCGAGUCCUUAUCCCCAGGCUCCUGUGUCUUUUGGGAGUGAAAACACUUCCCUUGGGAAGUGGACAGGAAGGUGGGCAACCAGCUCGGUGUGGGUGUGAAUCUUGCUUCUCUAUGGGAAGGUUACGUGGCCCAAAGUAGCUGCUACAGAACUGAUUCUGCUAGGCACCCAGGAGCUCUACAAAGGAAAAACCACUACCACCCCAUCCCACUGAAAAAUGCUAAAAGAUGGGAGCUGGUUACCACGGCUCCACUCCAGGGUCCAAGUACCACUGCAUUAAAAGGCAUCUGGCCCUUUAAAAGCUGGAGCUUGUUUCUGUGCGUGAGCAUCUGCGUGUGAGCGAGCGUGAGUUCCUGGCUGCCUGGGAGGACGCCACGGGGAGGGCAUCGACGUGAAGCCAGGUGGCAGAAGUCUUGAAAUUGUUCUGAAGGUGAGGACAUCCCCUCCCCCACCACCAGCCACCACCGCCAGCCACCUUCAUCAGCCCCUCCCCAUCGGUGCCUCCACUGAGUCAGCCUCCUGUUUCACUUGGUGUAAAUGGCUGAUAAGCAGAUCAGCCUGCCGGCCAAGCUCAUCAAUGGUGGCAUCGCUGGGCUAAUCGGGGUCACCUGUGUGUUCCCCAUCGACCUGGCUAAGACACGGCUGCAGAACCAGCAGAAUGGCCAGCGCAUGUAUGCCAGCAUGUCUGACUGCCUCAUCAAGACCAUCCGCUCCGAGGGCUACUUCGGCAUGUACAGGGGAGCAGCAGUAAACCUGACCCUGGUCACCCCUGAGAAGGCCAUCAAGCUGGCUGCUAAUGACUUCUUCAGACAUCAGCUCUCUAAGGAUGGACAGAAGCUGACCUUGCCUAAGGAGAUGUUGGCAGGCUGCGGGGCUGGCACCUGCCAGGUGAUUGUGACCACCCCCAUGGAAAUGCUGAAGAUCCAGCUACAGGACGCAGGCCGCAUUGCUGCUCAGAGGAAGAUGCUGGCUGCCCAGGCUCAGCUCGCAACCCAGGGAGGUGGCCAGCCCUCAGUAGAGGCUCCAGCCGCUCCUCGACCCACAGCCACCCAGCUGACCCGUGACCUGCUGCGGAAUCAUGGCAUUGCUGGCCUCUACAAGGGCCUGGGGGCCACGCUACUCAGGGAUGUCCCCUUCUCCAUUGUCUACUUCCCCCUAUUUGCCAACCUGAAUCAGCUGGGUCGCCCAUCUUCGGAGGAGAAAUCACCUUUCUAUGUGUCCUUCCUGGCAGGCUGCGUGGCUGGGAGUGCAGCUGCUGUGGCUGUCAACCCUUGUGAUGGUCAGUGCUUGGGUCUGGGCCCCACCAUGGGGGUGGGGGGUGGGGCAGGAACCCCCUUAGUGACUCAUAUGUUCCUUGUAGUGGUGAAAACUCGGCUUCAGUCACUUGAGCGAGGUGUCAAUGAGGACACUUACUCCGGGUUUCUGGACUGUGCAAGGUGGGCCAGGUCCCAUGAGCUGGGAUGGGGCUGGGAUGGGGCUGGGAUGGGGCUGGGAUGGGCACCAGUUCUGACUUUCUCGUCCGUUACAGGAAGAUCUGGAGACAUGAGGGCCCCUCGGCCUUCCUGAAAGGCGCGUACUGCCGCGCACUGGUCAUUGCCCCGCUGUUUGGCAUCGCCCAGGUGGUCUACUUCCUGGGCAUCGCUGAGUCCCUGCUGGGGCUGCUGCAAGAACCCCAGGCCUGAACCCAUGGCUGCUUCUCCCCAGCCUAUGGGCUGGGGCCAGAACAGGGUGACCAGCACAAGCCUGCAGAGGAAAUGGUCUCUCCCCAGUCCUCCCCAUCAAACAGGAAGGCAAGGGGAGGGUUCAGGGUCCACAUGGGUGGUGCACACAUAGGCCCCCAUGUGGUCCUGAAGGGACAAAAAGUUGGGAUCAAGGUCUUAUUUAUGUAGAAAAUGCAGAAAUCUGUACAUUCCUCAAGCCAGUCCUGUCGAGCCAGUUCUGUCCCAUCCUUGUACCUCAACCCAGUCCCACCUGGCCUGAACACCCCAUGAGACAGAGCUGGUCUCUGGGCUGGGGCCCCCAGGCCUGGUCUGGACAGGCAGACCCUACCCCGUAGUCCACUGGCUCCAGUCUCUGAGGCUCUCCUGGUCUACAAAGGGGACCCACACACACCCAGAAUUAUUUAUUGAAUUUGCUGUGCCCAUGUGGCUCUGCCUGUCCUCCGUCCAUCAGUCUUGCCCCUGCUGCUCUUCCCACCUCAACCAGGACCCUAGUCCGCCUCCCCAGCCAGCCUUACAGGAGGCUUGGACUGUCUCAUCCUCUUGUCAAGCUAGGAUUCCUAGGCUGGGUGUGCUGCCACAUUCAAGUGUCAUCCUAGGUACCCCACACAUACUCCUCCUGGGGAGCCUUUGGACCCCCACUAUGUGGGACCCAGAUUGCUUGAGGUCUUUGUGUGCCUGUGGCAGGCAGUUUGGUCCCCUACCCCCAGCAGUCAGCUGGCCAAGCUGCUUGGGGAUGGGCCCCUAAGGGCACAGUUGCCUUUCCCCAUGGAGUCAGGCACCCUGUGCGUGUGUGCUGUUUUGUGCCUCAGGACUCUGCUGACCCCAUCCGAUAAUUUAGUUCUCCAGCCUGGUAACUCUUCUGACAGAGCCCUACUCCCAGACAGAGAUUGCUUGGGGGGAAGGGCAGGCAUGAAGGACACUAUGGAGCCUGGGCCUCCCAGCUCUCUGGGCCUCUAUCCAUGUUUGGAAAGCCCCACCCUUCCAGCCCUGGAUCCUCUGUUCUGAAUCAAAGCAGUCCUCCCCUGCCCUGGCCAUGUGAUUGUGUUUGGUGAUUGACUGAAGUGCUGGUGCUGUGUCCCUCAAGCCCAACCCCCUCCAUGGAGGCCCUUCCCAGUGACACUACCUGGGGCUCAAGUCUGGGCUGCCCCUAGUUCACGGUUGCUCCUGGGAGCCACCCCUCCUAUUAUGUCUGUACCUUGAAAGCUGCUGCUGCUGCUUACAGAAUUAUAUUUUUUUCUUUUGAAGAGUUUUAAGAAGUUGUAACUUUUUGUGUCUUGUCAUGUAAAAGAUAAAUAAAUAUUCUAAAUAGAUGUUUGCUUUAAGAGUCUGUGCUUGGGUGGGACAAUGAGGAGAGGGCGGACUAUGACACUAGCCAGGCUCUGCAGACCAGCAUUGCCCAGGUCUCCACCCUGGCAGACUCCUACCUCAGCCUUGAUAGAAUACAGGAAUACAGUCAGACAACCUUGCUCCGCCUUCUGGUUGAGUCUCCUUAAACGCGAGAAGUGAGGCUAUGCUUAGGGACAUCCCACCUCACCCCUACCUCCGGGUUCCCAGGGUGGAGCAGGCGUGGCCCCGCUUACGCAGCUGUCCCCGCCCCUUGCCUCUGGUCCUCCUGUCUUGCGCCUGGAGUGGUGCAUUGUGGGAAACUCCUGAGCACUCCUCGGUAUCCGCAGCCACCGCCCGCUGUCAUCCCGUGAAUCGAAUGCGCAGCGAGAAGCUGGAGGCCCCAAAGAAGACGUAAGGUAACAGACCCUUUCGAGGGUGGGCAAGGACGGGGAGAUAGGGUGGCAUUGGGGGCGCCAGGGUCUAGUGACCAAGCAGUAGUGCAUUGGCCUUGAAGGUCACUGGGGUUGUGCCGUGAGCACUUUACUCUCCCAGGCUCAUCAGCCCUGGGGAGGCAAUUAGAAGAAUAGGAUGUAAGUCCAAGCCAAAAAUAACCAGGGACAGUUAACUGCUCCCUGUAAACUUGAUGCUCAAUGGCAAAGGUCUCUCCAGAAAUGGAGCAUGGAGGAGCUUCCUGGGAGAUGGGCACCACCUGGUUUUCAGCACUGGUUAUCUCCAUCACCAUGUGACCUUCAAAUGACCUUUGGUGUGUUCACUGUGCCUGGUAGGGAGGCUUGGAGCUUGAGCAUCUCAAAGUAGCUCCCCCUCCUUGCACACAGGCCAUUUGUCCUCCCAGGGUGGAGGCAGACAGGUGGCCCUGGGCCUUCCAGACAGGAGCCUCUGUGCAGCAGGGUGGCCAGGCCCCAGUCUCCCCAGCUAGGACACAGAGAAUCAAGGUGAGGUCUUUACUCUGCAUUGCCCCAGAUAAUGCUGCCAGGGACCCUCAGCUCCUGUAGUGCAGCCUUGAGCUCAGCAAGGAACUCUUGUCCUUGAGCUGGAGGAAGCCAUGGCCUGGCCCGGAUUGGGGAAAGGGCGCUGGGUCUAAGCUGGGUGGGGCAGAUGGCUGACCAGAAGCACAGGCUAGCAGAUUCCCAAAUGGCUUCUCUGCCUCCAUUUUAUCACUUACUGGUGACCUGAAUCCACUCUCCCCGACAGAAUCUGGGAACCCAGACUCUGAGCUCCUUCCCUGUCUUAGACUUUCCUCAAGCUGAGACCAAGGCGCCACAGGGUCCUAUUCUGUGAAACAGCAACAAUCUCCCGAGAUAGCAUGCAGCACUGAGCUCUGUCAGGGCUCACCAUGACUCCUAGCCGUCUCCUUUGAGCAAAUACUCUCCCUUCCAGUUUGCAGGGUUAGAUUUAUAUAUCAACAACAGAGCCUCCCUACCCCCACUGUGGGAUAGACACAGUCCAUGUGAAGCAAGACUAGAUUAUAGGUAAGGAAACUGAGGCCUCUGGUCUCAGGAGUUGGAGGGGCUUCUCCAAGAAUGGUCAGAAGCAGACAGAGGCCAGGCCUUGGAAGAGGAGAGACUGGGUCCACAGGAUGCUCCUCAGCUGGAGCUCUUAGAGAAUUCAGGGAAUUGCGAACGUUAUCUCCAUGGGGCAAGGGCAGGUAAGCUAUACGGAAGGUGUGUUGUCCCUUGUCACCAUCUCACUUGUGUCUCCCUCCAGACCCAUAUAAUGCCCAGAGGUGAGCUGUCCUGAGACACUGUGGUCUAGCCACCUGCCAGUCACACAAGCCCCAAACCAGCUGCCAGCCAAAAUCGUCAUGGAGUCCCGAGGAAAGUCAGCCAGCAGCCCCAAGCCAGACACCAAGGUGCCUCAGGCCACAGCUGAGGCCAAGGCCACUCCAGCUGCUGAUGGGAAAGCUCCCUUGACCAAGCCUGUGAAGAAGGACGCCCAAGCAGAGAAGCAGGAGCAACCAGCAGCCCCUGGGCCAGCCACUACCAAGAAGACGCCAGCCAAGGCAGAUCCCGUACUUCUCAACAAUCACAGCAACCUGAAGCCAGCGCCCACGGUGCCGGCAGCCCCCAGCAGUCCUGAUACAACCUCAGAGCCCAAGGGUCCUGGGGAUGGGGCAGAGGAGGACGAGUCCAACACUGGAGGCCGAGGUCCCUGGCCUUGUGAGAACUUGACCCCUUUGCUGGUGGCUGGGGGUGUGGCCGUGGCCACCAUAGCCCUAAUUCUUGGUGUAGCCUUCCUAGCCCGGAAAAAAUGAUACCUGGUGUCCAGGUCAGGGCACAGAGCGCCACUUUCUGUACAGACCUGAAUAUAUAGUGCAUGCAAGGUCCUAGAUAUUUAUCUAUACAUAUACAUAGAACAACACACACACACACACACACACACACACACACACACACGUAUGCUACAUACAUCCAUGCAGCAGGAAAGAAAUAGACAGUGAGCCCACCUCCACUGACCCCAGCACACGCUCUCCCACGUUCUGGGGCAGGAGCCCAGCUCUGCCGUUUGCAGGAAGCACUAGUGUGGAGCAAAGGGGAGGAUAGCCUGAACUAGACAACUAGGAACAGAUGCUGGUUAUGGCCUCUGAAAGAUAAGUGGUGGAGUAGGCUGGCCCUGUGGGGACAUUAAAGGGCAUGACUGUUUUACUCUCCCCACUUGUCUUUUGAGGAGCCAGGAGCAGUCUGUCCGGGCCUGAUGCGUGGGGUGGGGGGGUGGACACUGACCUGAGGGUGGGAUUCAAAUCUGCAGGGCUACCUCUACCCACUGUCCCUGUCCUGGUUGGAUGGAAAAGCAAAGCUUGACAGCUCAAUUUGGGAUGGCGUUCCCACCUCUUCCUUUUUUUCAGUGUAUGCCCCAGGAGAGUUCCUGAGGCUAGGACCACCUUACUUCCUGCUCAGAGCUGCCAAUUGUUCCAGGGAGGGGGUAGUGCUGAAAGCCCGGUAGGAAACAUGGAGGAGCCGCAUUACAGUUCUGCCUGCCCAAUAUUCCCCAAUCCUGUCCUUCCUGCCUGCACCCAACGCCCCCUUAACAGCGUAUAAAUGCAAUAACACAGGUAGAGUAGAACUGCCCGGUGGGUGGCACUCACUCACUGCCUGCAGGAAGACCUGCUGUGCAGCCCCUCUUUAGUACAUCUGGCCCCAGCUUGCCCUUUGGUGUGACAGUGGGCACCUUCCAGACAACUGCAGUGGGCUCUAAGGAAACAUUGCCCUCACCUGGCCAGUGGUGGCAGGGACCUUGGGCCUGAGUGGAGGCUGAGUUGGAAAUAAACUGUUACAAUAUAAA